CACAAGAUGAAAGUCAACAUUUUAAUUUGCCUUGGCCUUUGCCUAAUUGCCAUGAUUCAAGCUGAAAAUGCAAAUCCAGCCACUGAUGUGAAACAAUGCUCGGGCAGUAAACCAUUUCCGCUAGAGGUCCGUGUUCAUGGUUGUGUCACUCCGCCAUGCAAUAUUGUCAAGGGAUCUACACAGGACUUCGAAAUCGAUUUUGCCGUGGACAAAUAUAUUACUCAACUCACUGCCUUGGUGAAGGCCACCACUUUGGGCAUUAUUACAGUGCCCUAUGACCUGCCGCCCGAGGUGUCUGCUGUCUGCCCCAAUCUCAUGUAUGGAGCCUAUUGUCCUCUCUAUCCAACCGAAGAUGUGACUUAUUUGUUUAGUUUUCCCAUUGGUGAUUAUCCUGAGAUUGGAGUGAAAAUAGAAAUUUAUUUGGUGGAUCAAGAUGGAGAUACGGCCACUUGUUUUGUGUGUGACAUCAAGGUCGUUAAGAAUACCGGAGGGACGAAAGUCUAUGAGCUCAAUUAUCUCAACUAAAGUUAAAUAUUCUAUUUAUAAUUUACUGUGAUAUACAUUUUUUUUUUAAAUGAAAUCUGUUAUAUAAAGCGUAAUUUAAUCAACAAAAAACUAAACAUUAUUUUAAAUAUAGUUAUCUGAUAUUUGCUUUCAUAUUCCAAUUAUAGAA